UUUAUGCAUAUAAACUUAUAUGAUACUAUUGUAAAUAUUUUUAAAUAUUAUUUACUUAUAUUUUUGUUUGAGUGACAUAAGAUAUUAUUAUUUUUAUAGUAUUUAGUUUGCUUUGUAAAUAGUUAAACUCUUGACAAAGUUUGUGAUUUUAUAUAACUAUUGUGUACACAUGUGUACCUGAGCUAUAGAAAACAGUAAUAUGACUACAAAUAUAGAAAUAAUUCCACAUCAAUAACGAAUAAUAUGUAUGUAUAUAUAUAUAUAAAUUUUGUACAAAUGUAUAUUUUGUGAAAAUUAUUUAUAAAUGUGUCUUACCAAAUACAAAAUCUAGACAAUAAUAAUCAAGUCAAAAUUUGUCGAAUAGUUACAUAACUAAAAUUUUAAAUAAAUUUAUUAAUCAGAGAAAAACGAUUAAUCAAAUUUCUAAAUUAUUAAGCUUAUUCGUGUUUAAGCAAGAUAAAGUAUACUUUUUCUGUUUCACAAAUACAGUCAUUUUAAAAUUUUCACACAUAUUAAAAAUAAUUGAAAUAUAUUUAUGCAUUUAUUAGUUACAUAUAUUUAACCAAUAUAAUUAGAGAUAAAUAACAUUAUUUAUAAGAUCAAUGUAUUUUGUAAAUAAUAUUAAACGUAAAGUAAGUAUAAAUUGUAUUGAAAUUUUGAAAUGAUAUUUUUUGUUUGACAAGAAAAGAAUGUCAAAAUGACACUCUUGGUGAAGUAGAAAGUGUAUAAGUUGAGCAAUUGAUGGUUGAUUCAUAAAAUUGAUAAAUAAAUUAGCUGAUAAUUAUUUGGUUUAGCUAUUUUUAAUUUGAUUUUUAUUUUAGAUUAAAUUUUAGUUUCAAAAAAAAUUUACUUAUAUUUUAUUUAAUAAAUAAUUUAUUUUAGAUAUGGAAAACUGUAAAAAAACUUCAACUUACAGAAAAACCAAAAUAAUCUCCAAUUUUUAUUUAUGCCAGUUUAGUCUCUAACUUAAAAAAAAUACAUUUUAAAUCUUUUUGUUUGUUGACACACUGUUUAAAAUACAUGAAAAGUUAGUGUUAAAUUGAUUUAGGGGUUGAAUUUUUUUUUUAUCAAAAAUUACAUAUUCAUCAAAAAUAAGGUCAAAAUGGAUAAUUUUAAAAAUUGAAAGUUAAACUAACCAAAAGUUCAGUUUUUUUUUUUGUUUCGUUUAGAAAGAUAUUACCUUUUAAUGGUUUUCUCACUUUUAGAAGUAAGUAAAAGCAAUUAUAUUUUUCUGAUCCAAAAGAGAAAAAACCGCUAAUAUUUAAGCUUUUCUAAACGAAUAAAAAGCAUAAACUUUCAUUUAAUAUAUUUUAACCUUCUAUUUUCUAAAAUUAUCAAUUUUAAACCUCAUUAUUUGUUGAUCAUUCUGUUAUACAUACACAAAAAGUCAACCAUUAAAAAAAUAAUGUUGACUUGUCAAAAAUAAUAAUUAAAAUGGAUUUUUGUGUAAGUUGGUUUUUUUUGUGUAAGUUGAAUUUUUUUGUGUAAGUUGAAUUUUUUUUCUUUAGAGUUUUCAUUAUUCAGAAUAAAUACAAUCUGUGAAUAUAAUAUAAAAUUUUUUUUAUUAAAAUUAACGUAAUCUUUAUUAAAAAAUUAACAAAAUCUAAAUAAAAAUAAAAUUCAAAUAGUUAAACCAAACAUGAACACUGCAGUAAGAGCUUCAUAAGAAAGCUACUUCAAAUUUUAUUCCAUGUAAUUUUAUCUUUUAGUUUUGGAUUUAUGUUUUAUAUUUAUUAUUUUAUGUGUAAUUUUAUAUUUUAUAUAAAUAAAAUAGUUGUAAAAAAUAAAAAAAGGAAAUAUACAUCUCGUGAUAAAAAAAAGUAAAAAACUAUUCCUACACAAAUUAGAAACUAAUGUGUAUACCUCCUUAUAAGAAGAGGCACAGAGAUUUGGAGUUGACAUACAAAAGUACAAUGAGUUUUUCGUUUCGCCUAGCAGCCGCCAGAGACAGAAAGAGAAGCAAGACUGUCGUGAAACCUGCAUGGAACCUCCUGGAUGAGCUAUUGAUGGAGAUCAUACCGAGAUUGCCGGCCAAAUCGCUGAUGAGGUUCAAGUGUGUGUCAAGGCUCUGGCAUUCCCUUAUCACUUCCCGAUAUCUUACCAAUCGUUUCCUUAAAUAUUCAUCAUCGUCGGUUCAAAGAAGCCGUAUGCUCAUGUCUUUUGUGGACUCUGACGAGCCGUAUAAGUAUGCGUUGAUCUCAUCGUCUCAUGACCCUGUCCCUCUCAUAUCACCUUUCUACCCUGCCCCCAUGUAUGACCUCGACCAAGAUCUUACCAUGCCGAGAAUAGGAGGCUGCUUUGUCAGCGCUCUUCGCGGCUUGCUAUGUGUCAGACUUCUGAGAAGUGUUCGAAUAUGUAACCUUACCACCAUGCAACGUGUGACCUUGCCCAUUAUAACAUCAAGAAUUGUGCCUGAAAAUAAUGAGAAUAUUUGGAGCUACUUUGGGCACGAACCUGUUCAUGAUGAAUACAAAGUGCUUAGUACAGUCUGGGAGGUGAGCGAGGAAGAGAAAGUAGUGAGAUCUGAGCAUCAGGUGUUGGUACUUGGUCAUGGAGCUUCAUGGAGAAGCACCCGAAGCACCAUUCCUCCCCCUCCUCAUUGUCCUUACAUGCAUGGUAUCUCCAUCAACGGUGUUUUGUAUUAUGGAGCUUGGGUUGACAAAAAUAGAUGUGUGGUCAUGAGUUUUGACAUGAGAUAUGAGGAGUUCACUUUGAUCGAACUGCCUGUUGAGGCUGGCAUUGUAUGGGACGCCCGUACCAUGAAUCUCAUGAACUACAAAGGCAAACUAGCUGUGUUUGAAUAUUCAAGCAUUAUGAUUAAUGGUAGCAUAGAUUUAUGGUUUGUACAGGAUGCGGGCAAGAGUGGAUGGUCGGACAAGAAGUCUUUUGUUUUGCCUAUUUUCGAAACGCGCACACUGUCCAUGGCCAGCAGGUUGCUGAUACAACCCACAAGUCACAGCAGUGAAAUUUGUCUGAAACCGGAAGAAAUCAAUCGGCAUAAUCCACGCUGUGUCAUUUAUGAUUUGGAGAGGUGCAAGAUAACAAGACUCAUUAAUGGAAUGAGAAUAGUUGAUAGGUUUUGGGGAAGCACGUUUAUGGAGACGACUUUUUGGGAUGAUAUUGAGAGCAUCAUGUAUCUGGAAACCUAAUUAUAUCGUCUUUUAUAUGUUUUUGUUUUUGUUCUAUUCAGUUGUUUCUUUCUUGAAACACUGUUUGUUUUUUCCCCUACUCGAAAGCUUUCUAGCUCUUGCAGUCUAAGACCAUCAUUAACGCAAGUAUUUAAGGGGUCUCUAAAGCUAAUUAUACAUUUAAAAUAAAUCAAAAACACUAAUAAUCUCAAAAACCGUCUUUUAUUUAGGGACGAUGGAGACCGUCUUUUGGGGACACGUGUAUGCGAGAUGAGAGGAGAAAGGAGGAGAGUGGUUCGGUUUGUUUGGUUUCUCUCCAAAACGCUCCGUCUUCGUCUCCGAGAAGGGCGAUCGUCUCUCUCUCCAUGGUUUGUCGAGGAAA